AUGAUCCAAGCAGGACACGGAUACACGCAACACCCGUGUCUAUACCAACUACUCUCUUCGCUCUCCCCGUGGACACUCUCGCUGGGGCUCGGGCUCGGGCUCGCCGUCACCAGCCUAGCGCUGUUCCUAGUGAUCCAGAGCAUCGCGCGCCGCCAUUCCCAGGCAUAUCGCGCCGCCACCCAGCACCCCCAACAACCGGACCCGUGGUCUCAAAUCACCGCCAUGGAAAAGGGCAAGGCGAGUCCCCCAUCCACCGUGCCGCCGCCCGCUUCCGCCUGCGAUGUGCUGAGGCCGCUGUCGCAGAGUGGCGCAUUUCCCUCCAGCGGGGCGGUGGCGGCCAGGGCUCGUGAGCAGAUGCAGGCGGGUAAGGCAUCUCCGUCGUCGCCGGAGACGAGCGCCACGCAAACCAGGUCCACUGAGGCGAGCAGUGAGGCUGGUGGGCCGGUGCAAAGGCACAGUGAGUUAGUGCAGCAGAUGUGUGAGGUGGAUGCGGAUGGGGUACGCACUUGGCGGCGGUUGAUUGUCGAGUACAGCUAG